CUCCUCCCGUCCUCUGAGUCCAAACCGAAAGUAAACUCGGAGAGGAGAUGGUCUUGAAGAUCGCCAUUAAACCCAAAAUAAGAAGACUUGUGAAGCUAUAAAAACGGUCAUAAACAUCACAUUAUAGUGUGAAGUCAGUUUGUCAUUAUGGAGAACAGAGAGAGCAGAACAGAGAGAUCUUCAUCUCCUGAUCUUCCUCUUAACCUCAGUGAUGAACCAGUGACCUCUGACCUCAGGAUCUCAUGGAAGCUGAUAUCUUCAUCUCCGGAUCACAGCUGUGUGUCUCUGAAGAGUGAUGCAUCCAUGGGUCCUCCUCCUGAAUUCAGUGAUGAUCCAGUGACCUCUGACCCCAGGAUCUUCAGGAGGAAGAGGAAGAGAUCUUCAUCUCCGGAUCACAGCUGUGUGUCUCUGAAGAGUAACGCAUCCAAGCUGUAUAAUCCUCCUGAAUUCAGUAAUGAUCGAGUGACCUCUGACCCCAGCAGAUCAGAUGGAGAGAGAAGCAUCUCUGGAGGAGUCUCCUCUGUCUUCUGUCUGAACAACACGAGCGUUACAGCGUCUCUGAAUAAACCUGAUCAAGCAGUGAAUGAUGAACUACAGAGAGUCAAAGAGCAGCACAAAACCAGCAUGAAGAACAAGUAUGAGAGAUUAUUUGAGGGACUGAAACUCCAGGAGAAUGAAAGCCUCCUGAACAGCAUCUACACACAGCUCUACAUCAUAGAGGGAGAGAGAGAAGGAGUGAAUGAAGAACAUGAGGUUUUACAGAUGGAAAAAACAGCCAGAACACAACCCUCACAAGACACUCCAAUCUACUGCAAUGACAUCUUUAAAGCCUCCGCUGAAGCAGGAUGUGAGGAGAAAGAGCAGAUCAAGACUGUUCUUACUAAAGGCAUCGCUGGAAUCGGAAAAACCGUCUCUGUGCAGAAGUUCAUCCUGGACUGGGCCGAGGGAAAAGCCAAUCAGGAUGUAGAUUUCAUGUUUGUGCUUCCAUUUCGAGAGCUGAACUUGAUCCGUGAUCAUCAGUACAGUCUACACAGACUUCUGCUGGACUUUCAUCCUGAACUUCAAGAUCUGGACUCACAGAUUUAUGAGGAGUGUAAAGUUGUGUUCAUCUUUGAUGGUCUGGAUGAAAGCAGAAUCACACUGAUGUUUUCAGACGCUCAGAAAGUUUGUGAUGUGACUGAGACUUCAUCAGUGGCUGUGUUGAUGUCAAAGCUGAUGAAAGGAGAGCUGCUUCCCUCUGCUCUCAUCUGGAUCACCUCCAGACCAGCAGCAGCCAAUCAGAUCCCCUCCAAAUACAUCCACCGUCUGACAGAAAUUCAGGGAUUCACUGAGCCUCAGAAGGAGGAAUAUUUCAGGAAGAGAAUCAGUGAUGAGCAUCAAGCCAGCAGAAUCAUCUCACACAUCAGAAGAGCAAGAAGCCUCCACAUCAUGUGCCACAUCCCCGUCUUCUGCUGGAUCUCAUCCACUGUGCUUCAGAAGCUACUGAAAGAAGAUCUGAGAGCAGAAAUCCCUCAAACUCUGACUGAAAUGUACAUCCACUUCCUGCUGAUUCAGAUCAACAUGAAGAAGCAGAAGUAUGAAGAGAGAGAUCCAGAGAAACUCCUGCCGUCCAACAGAGAAGUGAUUGUGAAACUUUCUGAAGUGGCUUUCAAACAGCUGAUGAAGGGCAAUGUGAUGUUCUAUGAGGAGGACCUGAUUGAGAGCGGUGUAGAUGUCACUGACGCUUCAGUGUAUUCUGGGAUAUGCACUGAGAUCUUUAAGCAGGAAUCUGUGAUUCAUCAGAGGAAAGUCUACAGCUUCAUUCAUCUGAGCGUUCAGGAGUUUCUCGCUUCUUUUUAUGUGUUUUUCUGCUAUUUAACAAAGAAACCGCAUGAAUUCAGAUCUUCACUGCAUGAAUUCAGAUCUUCUGGUUUAGAUAAAGUCUCUCUGUAUAAUCUACUAACAUCAGCAGUAGAUAAAGCUCUGGAGAGUGAGAAUGGUCAUCUGGAUCUGUUCCUGCGGUUCCUGCUCGGCGUCUCACUGGAGUCCAAUCAGAGACUCUUACAGGAUCUACUGACACACACAGAGAACAGCUCAGAGACCAUCAGAGAAACCACACUGUACAUUAAAAUGAAGAUCAGAAAUGAUGGUGUUGAUGAUUAUUUUAAACAUCCUCCUCUCUCAGUUGGUGAAUCCAUCAAUCUGUUCCUCUGUCUGCUGGAAGUGAAAGAUCAGACUCUGUUCACAGAGAUUCAGGAGUUUGUGAAAUCAGACAAACACUCAGAGAAACUCUCUCCUGCUCACUGCUCAACAAUCUCCUACAUGCUUCAGAUGUCAGAGGAGCCGCUGGAUGAGUUUGAGUUCAUGAAAUACAGCACAUCAGAUGAGGGGAGAAGAAGACUGAUACCAGCUGUGAUCAACUGCAGAAAAGCUCUAUUUUCUGGCUGUAAUCUCACUGCUCAGUGUUGUGAGAGUUUGUCUUCAGCUCUACAAUCCUCAAACUGUGUCCUGAGAGAGCUGGAUCUGAGGAACAAUGACCUGCAGGACUCUGGUGUAAAGAUUAUUUCUGAUGGACUGAAGAGGCAGAACUGUCAGCUGCAGAUACUGAGUCUUGCUCUCUGUAAUCUCACUGCUCAGUGUUGUGAGAGUUUGUCAUCAGCUCUACAAUCCUCAAACUGUGUCCUGAGAGAGCUGGAUCUGAGGAACAAUGACCUGCAGGACUCUGGUGUAAAGAUUAUUUCUGAUGGACUGAAGACUCAGAACUGUCAGCUGCAGAAACUGAGUCUUGCCGGCUGUUAUCUCACUGCUCAGUGUUGUGAGAGUUUGUCAUCAGCUCUACAAUCCUCAAACUGUGUCCUGAGAGAGCUGGAUCUGAGUAACAAUGACCUGCAGGACUCUGGAGUAAAGAUUAUUUCUGAUGGACUGAAGAGUCAGAACUGUCAGCUGCAGAAACUGAGAUUCGUACACACAUCUGCACUUUGUUGUUUCUGAAGAGAGAUUUCGCCAGAAAGAGGUAUUCAGUAAGCGAGCGAGUGAAGGAAGCAUCAGCAUCAGCGAUGACUCAUCGGAACACCUCUGAUUGGUUAUUGCAGUCUGUCUCUGGCCCAGCGAAUGCAGAUCUGAAUUUAGCAGCUGAUGAUAGACUCGCUGAACGUUCUCACACCGGUGUGAUUGUAUUAAAUAUAGAAAAUAUUAAUCUGCUAUUUUUUGUCUUUUGGAAGCUGCAUUAAAAAUCCACUUGGCUCAAAAAUCUGUGGGGGCACGUGCCCCUCACUUUUGAUGGGCAUGACACAGUGUUGAGUACUCGAGACUCGGACUCGGUCUUGGACUCGGUCUCGAGACCGUAUUUUAAUGGUCUCGGUCUUGUCAUGGACUCGUGUGCAAUUUGACUCGGACUCGAACAUAUUAGGAAUCGGACUUAUGCCCUAGUCCACUCGAGUCCCAAUCAAAAUAUUUCAUGAUUAUUACUGUAUGUUAAUGUUUAUUUAAAUUGAUGUAUGAUUGACACAUCCAAUGACUGGUGAUUUUCUUUUGACGUGAGACGUUAGGCCAGCAACACACUGGAUGCGUGGCGCAAGCGUCUCAGCUGCGUGGCGUGUCUGUUUUUAAUUCGGCUCCCAUGUUAACAGGUUAGAUCUUGCAGACUGCCUGCGUGAGCCGCGCGGAAAACGCGCGCAUGCUAGAAAUAGAACCGACGCCUAUUUUUCACGCGACACGCGUGCAUGUUGGAAGCGUUUCCAGGCAAAAUAUACUAGGAAAAUAUGUUUAUAUGUCAUUUUGUACACAAAUACAUAUUAAUUCAUGAUAUUUUGAUAUUUGAAAGUCUAUAGGUUGGCAUAAAUUCAGAUAUAAAUGUAAUUUAAAAAAUAAAUAAUGAUCGAUUUUCAAACAUUGCACCUGUCAAACAUACUCUAUUUUGCCGUCAAUACUGUUGACGGUUUCCUAUCAGUAGGUGUGUAAAAAAAUAAAUAAAAUAAUAAUAAAAAAAAAUUGGAUAUUGUUGUCAUGAGGACAAGAGCCUGGUUUUUCGGCAGCCUCCCUCUAUGUCACCUACAGCAGCGUGCCAGCGCCGAGUCGUCAGGCACGCUUCUGGUGUGUAAAGACACAGAAAACGCGAAGCAGCCACCACGCUUCUGGCACGCAGCAGAGACGCCACGCAGCCAGUGUGUCACCGGCCUUAAGUUACCCUCCUGCCAUCCGCCUGUAGUGAUCCCGCUUUCCAGGAAGCCACAUUGCUACAUUAUUUCUCUCAGCUGUGUUAUUUUUACAAAGAAGGACAAAAUGGUCACAGAAAAAAAAUAUAUAUAUAUUGUUUAAUUAAAUUAUAUAAUGAAUACAGACACAGACUGACUGUCUCAACACUAAACACCCCCCAAAAAAAAAUGUCUGACAGAAUGCAUUGAACUUAUAUGGCAUUUGAUCCAGCUUUCUUCCCCUGGCACAUACACACUUUUGGAUGAAAUUUUCCUGGACAGUCAGUCGGCUCUUGUGUGUAUGCCCUCCGUAACUAAAAAAAACUUCGACUAGUGUGUAUUUUACCCUGCAUUAAAACACACCAUCCAGGGAAAUUAGCAUUAGAUUAUCCGUUGCUGUUACAGAAAGUGAUAAAAGGGUAACUUUUAUCAGUCCCCACUUCCUCUGCACCAGUAGAGAGAGUUUUAAGUCUGGGUGGAUUGAUCAUGAGACCACAUCGUGCUUGGUUGGGUAGCAGGAUGGUCUCCUCACUUAUUUAAAAAAAAAAAGUAAUGUAUGCCCAUCUGUAAUCUUCACAACAUCCAACUGAACCGUGCCCUGGCCCACCUCUUCUAAGCGGGCCAGGGCCGGCCAAUCGAGCCGCGCCCGGGCACGGUUCGGAGCACUCACACUAGUCAAACGAACCGCGCUUUGGUGGUCAAACGCACUCAGGCACGGUUCAAACUGGCUAGUGUGAGUACACCCUAAAGUGCACAUAAUCCAAGACAUUGUAAGGAUAUUAGCAGUCAUUAGUUAAGCUUCAAGGUUAAAAGUUAUGUAAAAGCUGUUACAGUUGAACAUUUACAGGUAUAGUGGUACAGAAAUGUUACUUGUACUAGAAGUGUUAUGUAGAAUUACAAUAUAGAGUGGUACAGUAAUGUUAUGUGUACUAGAAAGGUUAUAUGGAUGUGUAUAGUGGUACAACGGUGUUAUGUGAAAAUGAGCACUUAAUAUUGACAAGUAAUAAUUCAUAAUACUAAUAAAAUUACCUUUACACCACAUACUAUGUGGCACUUUUAACCUUUAUUGUUUCCACCAAACAUUUGACAUACUCUUGAAGAUUUCUUUAGGUCUUGUCUCAGACCCAAUCUUUCUGAACUCGGUCUUGACUCGGACUCGAAUGAGCUGGUCUCGACUACAACACUGGCAUGACGCCUCUGUUGUAAGUUACACAUACAACAAACUAAUGUCACAGUGGUAUAGUGUAUUGUGAUCGAAUGUUGCCCAAGUUAUUACCUGUUGAACAGUAGACAGCACACGUGUGUUCAUCUAAUAAAGAUCUUCAUCGCAAGCAAACAACAGCCUUUUCAGAUUUGCUUUCAAUUCAGAGCAGAUCUAAGCUAUGUCUUCAACGCUCUUUCUGUUACAGCUCUGAGAGAACUGCUUCAGACGCUCAUUGCCCAUAAUUGACAAAUAUAUUUGUUUUUCUCUACCAUGAUUUUGGUUAAAAAAAAAACGUUGUCUAC